CAAAUAAAAUUAACAACACAAAUGCCAUUCUUUAGCCGCAGGUGAACCAAAAGAUGGCGACAGCGGUAGGAUGGACGUGGAGUUGGAGACCGCCCACAACCACAGUUACAAGUCCCCGGUGGUCAUCGCCUCUUUCUUUACCUCUACCAAGCUUCAGGGUGGUCCAUGAAAGCAAGACUAGACCAUUCAAAGUCUGCUGCGAUUAUUCCUGCUUCGAGCUAAAGGAUGUCAGUUACCAACCUCCUGGAACAAAAGUCAACCUUCUAGAUGGCGUGAGUUUCUCCCUCCGUGAAAAAAGUUUUGGUUUGAUAUUUGGACGGAGUGGUAGUGGAAAAACUACUCUCUUACAGCUGAUUGCAGGAUUUAGUAAGCCCACGUCAGGCUCCAUUCAUGUCCAAAGAUAUGGUAAUGAUGGCUGCCCAAAUAGGUCCCCUGAACUCUUAGAUGCAAAUAAAGUUGGGAUUGUAUUUCAAUUUCCUGAGAGGUAUUUUGUGGCAGAGAAGGUUUUUGAUGAAGUCAUCUUCGGGUGGGCAAGACAAAAAGGUGGCAGUCAGUUGAAAGAGCUUCUUGCAUUAAGACUUCAAAAAGCUAUUACUUCAGUUGGUCUAACUGGAAUUGCUUUGGAUCAAGAUCCACAAUCACUAAGUGGUGGUUACAAACGUCGUCUUGCUUUAGCAAUUCAGUUAGUACAAGCUCCAGAUUUGUUGUUAUUGGAUGAGCCUCUUGCUGGUCUUGAUUGGAGAGCUCGUGCAGAUGUCGUGAAACUUCUAAAGAAUCUAAAGAAGGAAUUAACUAUACUUGUCGUCAGCCAUGACCUUAAAGAGUUGUCAUGCCUAGUGGAUCAAUCAUGGAGGAUGGAGAUGGGUGGAAUACUUAAAGGCGAGCCACUUCCAGUUUAACAGAUGCAAUAAAUCUUUGCCUACUUGAGCUAUGCAAGAUGUAAAUACAUGAGAGAGAUACGAAGAACCCCUCUUUAUUCUCGCUCUUCAUCGAGUUCAAGCACUACCACUCAUUGCUAAUGACAUACUAAUCACCAGCUCACAGUGACGAAUCACGAUACUUGAUAGAUGAACAGUGAAUACAAGAGUUGGAUUGAUGUUUCAUACUAGGGUGAAUAUGUUUGUUCUUUGUUAAAUGUAGUCAGCAUCAGUUUUGAUCCAGUGCUUCCAAAUUAACCGUUAUAGUACCAGUGUCAAUCCCUUUAGAAGAUGGCACAGAUUUGGAGGUCUCCUUCUUCAAAGUGAUCUUCUUAGAAGACCUUUAUUUUCCUGUGUCAUCCCCAUAAUGCAUGCCCGACUUGCCAGAGAGUUUCUUGA